AUGUCACAUGGAGGCAGGAGGUGUCAGCCGAUUCAUUUUCAGGCCCAACUGGGGAGGCUCGGAGACAGAUUCCAGCCCAUGAAUAAGAUUGAACGGAGCAUCCUGCACGACGUAGCGGAGGUGGCCGGCCUGACUUCCUUCUCCUUUGGGGACGAUGAGGACAGCCGCUACGUCAUGGUCUUCAAGAAGGAGUUUGCCCCCUCGGAUGAGGAGCUGGAGGCCUAUCGCCGUGGGGAGGAGUGGGAUCCGGUGUUAGCCAAUCAGAGGCGUCGAUUGAGGGAGCUGGCAGCCCAACAGGAGGAGGCGGAGCUUGAGCGUGGCCCCGCCCCCUCCGGCCCCCCCACCGACUAUAAGGAUAAAUACCGGCACCUGAUUGGCUGCGAGGCCGCCAAGGCUGCUGCCCGCACUAUGGAGGCCAAUAAGGCCUAUGGGUAG